AUGUCCACCAAGCCCACAACGGACUAUGUCGAAUCGACAGAACCACCCGGGACCAAGACAAAAGCCCAGAUGCUGACUGACGUCUUCUCCCUCGCCUCGCAAUUCAGCACCUGUGUUGAGGCAUUCAAUCGCAUCCACCCGACAAAAGACCACGACCAUGCGCAAAAAGUGGCGCUUGCCAAGCUCGGCAUCCAGCAGGGCAGACUACUCAUCUUUGGAGACGCCGUGGGCAUCUCUGCGCCGCCUGCGACAAUUGCGCGACACAUGAUUCCAAGCCAUCCUGGAAUCACAAAUCCAGAUCCAACUCUGCCCGUCAACUUUGGUGUGCGCGAUCCCAGGCUCGAUGAAGAGGCCAUCAACGCCAAGCUUCGAAGGGCGCUUCACGAGAUCGCGGGCCGACCUAGCAACAUGUCACGAGACGAGCUGAUGAGCAUGUACGGCCUGAAAAGCCCAAAGACUUUUUCCAAGGCUGAGUACCCCGCUUUAGACAGCAAUCGGCUGGAGGGUUUCCGUGAAAAGUAUGGCUUGCUAAAAGAUCUCCUUAACCAAACCGGUGCUCGGUCUAGUCUCAAGCGGAAUUUGAGUAUGACGACAUCGCAUUGGCAAGUCAAGGACACUGCGCGCUUCAACGAUUAUGUUAAGACAGUGCGCACAGAGGUUGAUGCUCUGAUUGAUCUCAUGGGUGUAAAAGAGCAAGUCGAUCGUGGAAUUCGAUCUGAUCUCAAAAGCAUGGGCUGGCACCCUGAUCUGACUGGCCCGACAGUGAGACAGGACUGGGAGAAGCUCCGUCUGAUUCGCGAGGCCUGUGAAGUCGACUAUCCGGAGUACAUUGAAGUCAUCGACAAGGCACUGCAGUACAUAAGUCAAGAGCUCAAGGAAACCAGUCUCGCCCAACACCGCGCAGGACUCGGCAUCGCAGAGCCAACCACAGAAAAAUCGGUCCGCCGCAAAUCAGACCAAGAGACACGGCCCGCGCCAGCCCCCAUGUCAGCAGCUCCCAAAGUACUCCUACCCGGCACUCGUAAACCUGAAGCAAAAUCUCACAUCCAGCUCGCCGCCGAGCGCGCCAUCAACCCCAAUGCGGGCAAAGAAAAACGCCCAAGCUGGCUCUCCGCCUUCAAAUUCAAGUCCUGGAACAAGAGCACCAAGCAACCCCCCCAACAACCCACACUGGAAAAACAGCGCUCAAACAGCGUUCCGACCGUAGACCCGCAGCGCUCCCUUUCCGCGGUCGAAACCCAAGAUCCCGCCUCCGACGCCAUGAGCCCCUUACAAGCCGUACGUUCGAAAUCUGUCGGCGCAAUACCGCAGUCCCCCCAACUCCCCACCGACGACCUGGAUUCCCGCAUGCACACUCUCUCGCUCGAGGGGCAGCAGCACAACAGUAUCCCGCCCAUUGCUGAGGACGGCGGUGAAGUCAAGGUGUUUCCCGUCAGCGAAGGGGAUGUAAACGGCGGCAAUGAAUUUGACAAAAACAUGCUUGUAAAAAUUGAAACUGCCAAGAGCGAGGGUAGGGAUGAGGCACUACAGAACGUUAAGACGGCGCAGAGUUACAUCGAUAGACAUGAUAUGUAUCCUGCUGUGGGUAGGAUCGAGACGAAGGAUAUUAGGAAUGUGGCGCAUGUGCCUGGACAGUAG